AUGAAUGUUACCAAACUCGUGAUCUCCGUGGAUCACUGCAAUGUGUUCAGCAUCGAGUUGGUGUUCAACAUAUUCCAGAGGAAAGUGUUCGCCGACAACAAGUUGGACGUAUUUAUUUUAACUUUGGACGUGAACGGAGUAAAAGAAACGGCUGAACACAUUAAAAAUUGUUGUUUCACCAACUUAAAUGAAUUAAUCGUGACCGGAGAUUGCCACGAUGCGUUCCUGAAGGCCGACUGCCUCCUGCUAAUGACCAAUUUGAACCUGCCGGAUCGUAAAGUUCUCGAAAACGUCCAAAACUUGGAGCAUGUUUUCAAAAAGGCCAAAUCGUUCGAUCUUCUGGCCAAUCCGGAUGCCAGGGUCGUGGUAAUGGGACCGUGGUCAAACACGUGGUUACAGAUUUUCGCAGAAGUCGCGACUCGUCUGCGCAAGUGCAACUUUACCGGUUUGUCUAGACAUCACUGCGAAGUGCACGAAUUGUCGGACGUGUACGUCUGGGGCAAACAUUUCGUGGACAUAACCGAAGCUAAGAAAAAAACGAAAUUCGAACCGAGAAAAUAUGAUUCACAGUGUACGGUGAAAACGCAGAACGUUGUGAAUCUUUUGACUCCGAAUUGGAUCGACAAUUAUUUUACGCCACAGUUUGAAGCAAUAAAAACCGCAACGACCUACAGACAUUGUGUUAUAUCGGCUGUGUGCCAUCACAUAAUCGACUGGUAUCGAGGGACGGGCGACAGGACAGUGUGCAUGACGAUUUCCGUUCAUCAACCAGGACACAUCAACGAUGGCGUUUUCUCGUCAUAUCCGGUGGUCAUCGGCCAGUCCGGCCAGAUGUCUGUCCGCAAUAUUGAGACGGAUGCACUGCAUUUCAUAAAAUUGUACAGAUAUCUGGAAAUUCAGCAAAGAGAAAGAUGCCUUAUUCGAAAUUACAUCAAAUCCAUGUCUGAAUCUGAGGUGUCUUCUUUAGGUUCGAGUAGUUUAUCCUGUGGUAGCCGUGGUUUUAAUCUUAGGUUGACGGAUCUUCUGCCGAUUUUAUAG